AAACCGUUCAGAAUAAAUGGGGCCCCAAAAAAAGAAUAAAUGGAAGCCGUCCAGCCUGUUCACACUGACUUUUUUCAAUCUGUUUCUGCAAUUUCCUUGUCAAUUAAGUCUGUUGGUGUUCAAUUUGUGGUUUUCUUGUUGGAUCGAUUCGUAUUGUCCCACUUGGCUUCCCUACAACUUUAUUUCUUUCUCUCUUCCAGUUCCAUUAUUUCCUUUCCCCAAAACCUCUCUUUUGGUCUGCACCUACUUUUGUGUGAGUAUUUUCGUCGUGGUUUUUCGUUCACUUUUCAUUUGUUUGUAAGGGAAUUUAGUUAAUUAUUCGGUGUUAAUUAAAAUUUAAAAGCUACUUGUUUUGAAUCUAAUCAAAAAAUAACUACUAGCGUUGAUUUGUUAAUUAACAUUUAAGAGUUAAUAAUCCUUGAUGAUAUGCCUCAAGCUCAACUAAUUUCUCUUCAUCAUUUCAUGGGUCAUAUUCACUUUAAAUUAAUCUCACUAAUCAGUAAUUGCUGCAGUCUUACUAAGCAAGUGGUUGGAAAGCAUCCUGCAAGUACUUGAAAAGUGUCCAUCAAGCAGUUGGAAACCGCGUUCAAAAUGCAUGGAAUUAAUUCUGGGCUUGAGCAACUAGGAGUAGGAGUAGGUAGAGCGCUGCCUGUUCACACUUACUUUUCUCAAUCUAUUUGUGCAAUUUACCUGUCAAUAAUGGAUUUGGUCCUUCGGAUCCCGUCCGGAUCCAAAUGGUUGGGAUUUAAGAUCCUCACAUCUUAACUGUUUAUCAUAAAUCAUACGAUCAUAAAUCAUAUAAAUUUUAUUAUUUAAAAUUAUAUACAAAUAGUAUUUAAAAAAAAUUAAUUGUAUAAUAUACGAUGAAUGGUUAGAAUGUGAGGGUCUCUAGAAUCCAUACCAUUUGGAUCUGAAUGGGAUCCUCAUCCAAUAAAGUCCGCUUCUUGGUCUCUCGCUUUCUUGUUGGAUUGAUUCUUAUUAUCUCACUUGGCUUCCCCACGACUUUCACUCUCUCUCUUCCAUUAUUUCCUUCCCCCAAAACCUCUCUUUUGGUUUGCUCAUACUUUUGUGUGAGUAUUUUGAUCGUGGUUUUUCUUUCACUUUUCAUUUUCUUUGCAAUGGCGAUGAGCACCCAAAGAGCCUCUGCCCAACUUCUUUCUCUCGAAUCAGAUCCUCGAUGGAAGUACGAUGUGUUUUUGAGUUUUAGGGGUGUAGACACCCGCGAGGGUUUCGUAUCCCAUUUAUACCGCGAAUUGUGCAAGUUCCAAGGAAUUACAACUUUCCUUGACGAUCGAGAGCUUGAAGAAGGAACAAGUAUUCCUCUUGAGCUCCCGAGUGCGAUACAAGAAUCGCAUAUUGCAAUCGUUGUUCUUUCACCAAACUAUGCUUCUUCCAAAUGGUGCUUGAAUGAACUUACAGCCAUUCUUGAAUGCAUGGAAGCUAGGAACUCAGUUCUGCCGGUCUUUUACAAGACAGAUCCAUCUGACGUUGGAAAUCAACGGGGAUCUUUUGCCAAAGCCUUCGCAGAGCAUGAAGAAAAGUUCAUCACUACCGAAGAUAAAAAGAAGGUUGUCCAAUGGAAAGCUGAUCUAAAAAGAUUGUCCAAAAUUUCUGGUUGGCAUUCAAAGCAAUCCAAGUGUGAAAGUGAGCUUAUUGAAAAAAUCGUCAACAUCGUGUGGAGGAAAGUGCAAGCUGCGUUCACCGUGUCAGAUUCCUCACAGAAAUUAGUCGGAAUUAAUUCUGGGCUUGAGCAACUAGGUUCGCUAUUAGCUCAUGAUGCCAAUGAUGUUCGCUUUAUAGGGAUAACGGGGAUGGGCGGCAUCGGUAAGACAACCCUUGCCAAGCUAGUUUAUGAUAGAAUCUUCCAUCAUUUUGAAGUUUAUUGCUUUCUCUCAAAUAUCAGAGAUCGUACUCCAGUUAGUCUUCAACAACAACUUCUUUUCCCAAUCUUGAAAGAAAAGAUUGAGCAAGUUCGGGAUCAACAGUUGGGAAUCAUAUACACUGAGAAGUGCUUACGCAACAAAAAGGUUCUUCUUGUACUUGAUGAUGUGGAUCAAAUAAACCAGCUACAAGUACUAGCUGGAAAAGAAGCUUGGUUUGGUAGUGGGAGUAGAAUUAUCAUUACAACUAGAAAUGAACGUUUGCUAGUCCAGCAUGGCAUAACUUUAUGUCAUAGCGUCAAGUUGUUAAAUGAUUAUGAAGCUCUUGCUCUGUUUAGUCAACAUGCCUUUAAGAAAGAUCUGCCCGAAGAUGGGUUUUUGGAACUGUCUAAGUAUUUCAUUAAUCAUGCUGGAGGCCUUCCAUUAGCUCUUGAACAUUUGGGGUCGGCUUUGUUUAAGAGAGGUCUAGAUGCAUGGAAUAGUGCACGGGAUAAUCUAAAGAAAAUUCCUAAUCCAACAAUUUUUGAUAAACUCAAAAUAAGUUAUGAUGGACUAGAAGAGAUGGAGAAGAGAAUUUUUCUCGAUGUUGCAUGUUUUCACAAGGGGAAGCACACGCAGCGAGUAAUUGAAAUGCUAGACAAUUCCUUUGAUAUUUCAAGCCGGAUCUUGAUAGAUGCUCUAAUUGAGAAAUCUCUUCUGACCUCUGAAAAAUGCUUCCUGUAUGAUACUUCAGUCAAGUACAGCAGGAUAGGGAUGCAUGAUUUGAUACAAGAAAUGGCAUGGAGAAUUGUUGGUAACGAGUCUAAAGAGCCUGGCCAGCGGAGUAGGUUGUGGCUUCCCAAUGACAUUUUUCAUGUAUUCAUGAACAAUACGGGGACAAGAGCUAUUGAAGCCAUAAGCCUACGGUUACCCGAAAAAGAAGAGGUGCACUGGAAUUGCGAAGCCUUCUCUAACAUGUCUGGACUGAGGUUUCUGGAAUUUGACAAUUUGAUCGUUUCUUCAAGUCCCAAAUUUCUUCCAUGUUCCUUGAGAAUUAUGAAUUGGAGUUUGUAUCCUUCCAAGUCUCUUCCACCAAGCUUUCACCCGUGUUUCCUUACUGAACUACAAAUGCGUGAUAGCAAACUUGUUCGGCUUUGGGAUGGAAAAGAGAAUUUCCCCAACUUGAAAUAUAUUGAUCUUAGCAAGUCACAUAAAUUGAUAAGUACCCCAGAUUUUACUGGUCUUCAAAAUCUUGAGGAGUUGAUUCUUCAGGAUUGUACUAAUUUGGUUGAGGUACACCCGUCUUUUGCAGUUCUUAAAAGACUUAAAGUUUUGAGACUUGAUAACUGUGAAAGUAUUAAGAGUCUCCCAAGUGAGCUAGAAAUGGAUUCCCUUGAAGUUUUAGAACUUGAUGGAUGCUUCAAAGUGAAAAAGAUUCCAGAAUUUUCAAAGCAGAUGAAAAAUUUGUCCAAGGUUGGUUUAGGUUGGACUGCGAUUGAGAAAUUACCUUCAACAAUUGGACAUCUGGUUGGACUUACUGUACUGAAUAUUUUUUAUUGCGUAAAUCUGUUGGAUAUUCCUAUUGAGAUUUGUAAUUUGAAGUCUCUUAAAACGCUGUGGGUCUGCGGAAGUUCAAAAAUCGAAAAACUCCCAGGGAAGAUGGAGUUUUUAGAGGAACUUCGUAUGGGGGGAAACGCAAUAAGAGAGCCACUUGUUGAUAUGAAAAAUCUCAAAAACCUGUUUGCUUAUGGAUCAAUGGUUAUGCCAAGGGAAGAGUGGGGCCUUCUCCGCUUAUUUGGAAUUAGAAAGAGCGAAGAGCCUUGUUCGGGUUUGGUGUUGUCUUCUUUAAAUCAUUUGCGUUGUUUGGAGCUCUUAGUACUAUACAAUUGUGAUCUUGGUGAAGGUGAUAUCCCCCAUGAUAUUGGGGAUAACUUGUCCUCUUUACGAAUGUUAAAUCUUAGUAGAAACAAUUUUAUUACCCUUCCAGCAAGCAUCAAAUGCCUUUCUAGACUUGAGUCUCUUUUAUUGAAUGGGUGCCAAAGACUUGAGCAACUGCCAGAUCUUCCGUCAAAUAGCCAAUUACACGUAGAUGUAGAUGAUUGUACCUCCUUGAAAAGGUUGUCGGAUCCCUCGAAGUUGAGCAGCAGAUUUGCCAAUAUUUAUGAUUUUACUUUCAGUUCUCUGAAUUGCAUUACAUUGGUUGAAGAUGAAGACUGGAUGAAUACAAUAUGUUCAAGGAUCGUGAAAUUCGCCAGUAAGGGAAACUGUCGUUCUUUGGGUCGUAAUUACAUUGUAUGCCCCGGAAAGGGGAUUCCCGAGUGGUUCAACAAACACACUGUGGGACAUUCGCUAAACGUGGAGCUACCUCCUCAAUCAUGUAGCAGCUGGAUGGGAAUUGCUUUUUGCGUUGCUUUUGCACUACCUAAGGGAAACUUCGAAAUUUUCCGUGUAAAUUUUGUCAAUCUUAACUGUUUGCCUGGGAUUUCUUGUCGUAUUGGUGCAACAGAGCAUAUGGUGCCAGAACACCUUUGGAUAUUUUAUUUGUCUCGAGAACAAUGUCAGGAACAGUUUUCAUUUGAAAUAGAACUCGACCGAACAUGGUCAGGAACAAUGUCAGGAACAAUGCCAAAUCUGGUGAAAAUGUGUGGGGCUCGUUUGGUUUACAAGCAAGAUUUGGAAGAGCUCAACCGAACAUUGAAAAUCUUGAAGCGAACGCAUGGAUAUUGGGAAGAAGCAGCUUCAAGUGAAAGUGGUAGUUUUGAUGACCAAGAACAAGCUCACAAAAGGCAGAAGGAAGAAUAAAAAUUGCUUUCUGCUUUAUUUAACCAUUCAAUGCUUCAGAGUCGUACUUGGAAAGCUAAACAUGGUGCUUUUUCUCAGAAUCUAUGUUAGUAAGUCACCAUCUCAAUCCCAGUAUAACCCACCUGAUAUUUGAUUAUUUAUUUUUCCCUCAAAGCUAAUUUAUUUGAUCCAGCAAUGAAGUAUGUGUAGAUACAGUUAAUAAUGUGCGUCUCUCAUCUAUGUCAAAUUGAACCAAAAAAGAUGCAAAGUCGUAUUAUGUAAAUAAGUUUUCAACAAAAAGUGCAAGGUAUGGAAGAUAUGUAAGCAAUAUAUGUUAUGACAUUUUCACAUCAGCAAGCAAAAUUUACUAUGCUA